AGCUCGGACUGAUCACAGUCGAUCACGUUAGCGGACAGUAAAGGUUACCUGCUUCAACAGUGCUUGAACGGCAACCUUUCUCUGUCUCCUGCCACCACCAGUCGAUAAUUACCGCUAAAUAACAUCUAUUUUUGCUUUAUUUUAAGUCAGCCAUCAGCGUUAACGUUGUACGCGCUCAGCUCGCUAGCUGAAGAGGUUUGUUUUGGCAUCAAGGACGAUCUUUCAGCCCUUUCGAGACACAACAACGUGAGUCAUGAGUUCCCAGGUGAGACAGAACUUCCACCAGGAUUGCGAGGCUGCAGUCAACAGGCAGAUAAACCUGGAGCUGUACGCCUCCUACGUCUACCUGUCUAUGUCAUACUACUUUGACCGGGAUGACCAGGCAUUACCCAACUUUGCCAAGUUCUUCCAUAACCAGUCACACGAGGAACGUGAACAUGCUGAAAAAUUGAUGAAGUUUCAAAACCAGAGAGGUGGAAGGAUCUUCCUCCAAGAUGUCAGGAAACCAGAGAGAGACGAAUGGGGCAGCGGUGUGGAGGCCCUGGAGUGUGCUCUGCAGCUGGAGAAAAGUGUCAACCAGUCUCUGCUCGACCUGCACAAACUCUGCUCUGAGCACAACGACCCACAUAUGUGUGAUUUCAUCGAGACACACUUCCUGGAUGAACAGGUGAAGUCCAUCAAAGAGCUGGGUGACUGGGUGACCAACCUGCGUCGCAUGGGUGCUCCACAGAACGGAAUGGCAGAGUACUUGUUUGACAAGCACACUCUGGGCAAAGAAAGCAGCUAAACUACAUGUCAAUUUACUUGUAAUUGUAUAUGUAUUUGCUUCUAAAUGUUUUACUUAUACCCCAUCUGCAUGAGACCGCAUCAACCAUAUCCAUGUUCAGCUCAUAAAACUAUAUAUAUAUAUAUAAAAUCAUAAUAGUAAAUAAGGGUUUUAACCUGCUCAACAUCUUGUAUUUGCAAUGAAUAUAUUUUUGGCUGUAAUUUUUCCUUUGCUGUGUUUGAGGCCAUUACAAAUCACCAAAUAAACACCUCUCUGGUUCCCA